AAUUCAAAAUUCUUAACUCUCUCUCUCAAUAAUCGCAUCUUCAAUGGCGGGCGAGGUUGAGCUAAAAACUGCGCCGGCUGAUUUCCGUUUUCCGACCACCAAUCAAACGCGGCAUUGUUUCACCCGCUACAUUGAGUUUCACCGGUGCGUGACUGCUAAGGGUGAAGAUUCUGGCGAUUGCGAUAAAUUCGCCAAGUACUAUCGAUCCCUUUGCCCAGGCGAAUGGGUUGAAAAGUGGAACGAGCAGAGGGAGAGUGGAAUAUUCCCUGGCCCUCUCUAAUUCUUAUUCCCUCCCGUUAAUUGAUGCUUUCUGAAAGGUCAUUGGUAAUAUACCUUGUUCUUCGUAUCGAAAUAGGUUUUGGUAUUUUCUUGGGAAUCAUUUUUUUUUGUUCGUUUGUUACUUGAUAUGCACAAAGUAACGAUUAUUUCUAUGCUACACCUGUUUUAUUUGUUCAAAUAUCGAAUGAGGGACUAAGUACUCCCAUUUCGAGUCCGAUUAGGUUGAUAUCAUUUUUACUAGAGUAUCGUGCUUGAGCUGUUGGAAUAUCCCGAAAAACAGAAUUUCGUUUUACUAGCAUAUAUUUUGCAGUAAAUAAAGGUUACUACACA